UUCACUUCCCCUCAUCAUGCACCAAUGCCAAAUCAUCUCCCUACUCUCAUCGUCACUCCUCAUGGACAACCAAAUUCUGUUUUAUAUACUUAUCUACAUACGGAAGAAAAUCGCGUAAACUACCUCCUCACUCCUUCACCCCAAGGUGACUUAUGCGUCGCCAAACUUUUCCCUCCUCAUCAUCGUAGUUCCACCCCUAACCCCCAUUCAAAAUCCGCCAAUGUGGUCAGAUGCGAAGCCUCACGCGAUUUGAAAUGGACAAUCGAGAAUACAGGAGUGGUCAGUCCGAUUUAUAAAAUCGUAAAUCAAGACGAUACGCCUUUGUAUCAGAUAAGUAAACCGAAUCCUAAUGCGGAGUUUUGGACAAUGUUUUAUUUCAAAUAUGCUGGACAUCAGAUACCUCCCAAACGGAUAGAGUUUGGCAAAGUCGCCAAGAACCCUCCGGAGAAAGGAGGCGGCACCAGGAUUUCUAUCACCGGUAAGACGGAAGACGAGAAACAAGUUUGGCAGACUCUAGGAGUGGGUAAUGAAGAUUGCGUUGAAUGGGUUGUAUGCUGUGCAUGUCUGAAUUUACUCGACGACCAAAUCCUCCACGCAGCAGAAAAGAAAGCCCAUCAGAACCCUCCUGCAUCCUCCUCCGCUCCAGCCUCCACAGCCCCUCGUCCACCCGGUCCAGCAUCCACACUCCGUCCUACCGUCCCCCGAACCCAUUCAGGUCCAUCACCUUCCCGAACCCCCGUCGGACCUGGAAUAGCCUCCACCGUUCCUGUAGGUAUACAAGCCAAUCGGAAUCCUCCAAGUUUCAGAGGAGAUGCAAGACAAGUACCACCGAACAGACCUGGGAUGCCUCCACCUGUAGGAUCACAAAGAGGUGUUCCUAUCCCUCCUAGAGGAUCACCAGCGCCAAUACCUAAUUCCAGACCGGGGACAGGAGGGACGGAACAGAGACAUGGACAUGGACAUGUAUUGCAUCGACCUGCACCGCAAGCUACAGGAAGAAGGUUUUGA